AUGACGAUACACGGACUAUGGGUGAUAUCUAAAGCUGGUGGAUUAGUCUUUUCUCGUUCGUAUAGUGACACAUUACCACCUCAACCUGUAAAUACGAUAUUAACAUUAGCUGGUAUACUACAUGGUAUUCACGCUAUAACAGCGAAACUAACACCUGCUCAAAUACCUGGUGUACCAGUUGGUGGAUUGGAGAGUUUCGAAGCUGAAGGAUGGGGUGGGAAAGUGUUUUUAACUCCUACAGGUACUAAAUUCGUAUUGCUGCAUUCGUUACCUCAAGCUGGACUUGAUGAACUCCUAAGAAGGGUAUACGAGAUAUAUUCCGACGCAGUGAUGAAAAAUCCAUUUCAUACGCCCGAAAUGCCAAUCAACUCAUCUCUGUUCGAAAGUAAACUGCAAACGUUAAUAGGAGGAGUUAAUGCUGCAUAG